AUGUCGCCUUCCACGACGGUUUCUACCAUCGAGGAAAAGGUUAUAAAGGAAGCGCCGAGUCCGGUAGAAUCUGAACACGUGUUUGCCGAGAUACCUAUAGAGAGUCCUGAACGUGAAACGAUUAUCGACAAAUUGAAAGAAUUACUCUCCGAAAGAUCCAAUCUGAAAAGGAAAAAUAGGCUGUUGGAAAUAUGGGUCACUCGAAAUAUGAAGAAGACUCAGCAACGUAUGACACCCUCGGAUUCCACAAAGACCCGCGAACAAAUGGAAGAGAUAUACAAGGAAGCGCUGCGCGAAUACAAGAUGCAGGUCGACGAGAUAUUGACUCGGGAGGCGGAAUUGACAUACGAGAUGCAGAAUUACACGCAAAAGGUUAUGACGCUGAAAGAGGAGGAUGAUCGAAUCUACGGACAGUUUCUCAACCGUCAGAAAGAAAUAUCCGUUGGCUUAGUCUUCUCGAAAACUGGCAGGAAACUGACGGAGAAAAUGAUGGAUAAUCUGAUACGUCGACAGACUACACGACGUUUGAUCUUGGCCAGAGAUCGCCAGAGCUACGUGUUUCUUCAACAUUGUCUCGACGACUUGAAUAUGCGACUUAAAAUCGCUGAAACUUUAGGAGAAGGAAUGACUACGAUGGAUUACGAGGCGCUUCACAUCGCCAAUUGUGGCUACAAGGACAGAUUGGAUGAAAGAGACCGUGAAUUAGAGAAACUUCGAAUCAAAAUCGCAGAAACAGUAAAUGGCGUAGCUCAAUAUAAGGAAAAAGAGGUAUGCAUAGCGGAAGACAUAGAAUUCGAGCAAAAAAAUCUCGAUCGAAAACGCGAAAUGAACACCAAAAUUCGGGAACGCGUAAACAAUGCUCACUUGGCGCUCAAUGAGAUACGAGAGACUUUGAACGAGAAAAGCACUUCUGCUGGACUCCUGGUGGCUCAGCAAGAGUUGAUAGAAAUGCAGAAAAUGAUAACGAUGAAAAAAGAACUGAAAGCCAAGAUCGAACUGAUAAAGCAGGAGAUUGAAUUGUACCAUCCAAUGAAACAGAAGAUCAAGAAAAGUUAG